GGAACCGCCCCUGAUCCCGUCACCUUCUCCUCCCGUCGUCUUCUCCUCCCGUUGCCUCCUCCGAUAUCUCUUCCAUCGCCAUGCGCUGGAAUUCUCCUCUUGCGAUCUAGAGGGAGCUCGUCUCGUCUCCAUGGCUUCUCCCAAGGAACAAACCAUCCUGGAGGUUGCAAAGUGCCUCUCUCAGCGUCAUCUCAACAAGGACUCUCUGGUGAAGCUCCUCAAGCAAGCUGAGAGUGCUCUUUCAGGAUUUGGGCAAGCUUUGUCUCCCAGAGAAGUUGUAAGACAGCUGAGAGAAUCUCUGGUUAAGAAUGACUUGCUCCGGCACAAAGAUAAAGAUGUUAAAUUAUUGAUUGCUGCCUGUGUCAGUGAAAUUAUCCGCCUUCUAGCACCUGAGCCACCCUUCAGUGAUAAAUUAUUUGAGGGCAUUUUUAGACUUUUCAUCAGUAUCUUUUCGGACCUGGCUGAUACUGCAAGUCCAUAUUUCACUAGAAGGGCAAGGGUGCUGAAGGUUGUUGCUGAUGUAAAAUGUUGUCUGCUAAUGCUGGAUAUUGGUUGCAUGGAUUUAGUUCUGGAGAUGUUCAGAGUGUUCUUCUCUGCUGUGAGAGAAGAUCAUCAACCAAGUCUCUUUCAGUCUAUGGUGUCUAUUAUGUCAGAUUUGUUAGAAGAAAAUUCUCCUCAAUCAUUAUUAGAUGUCAUCCUCCGCAAUCUUUUGAAGGAUAGCAAGGGCGCACCUUCCAGGCUUGCUAUUUCUGUCAUUCAAAAUUGCGCUGGAAAAUUGGAGCCCUCAAUUCGAACAUUUUUAACAUCAUGUAUUCUGAAAAGCGAUGCACCACAGAGUGAACUUAAACAAUUUUAUCAUGACAUUAUUUUGGAGAUAUAUAGAUGUGCUCCUCAGACGCUUUUCCUAGUCAUUCCAAACUUGACUCAAGAACUAAUCACUGAUCAGGUUGAUGUUCGGUUAGAAGCAGUUCGUUUAGUCAGCAAGCUUCUUGCUUUGUCUAAGCUCCGUCUCAAUGAAGAAUGCCACUUGGUUUUUCUUGAGUUCUUGAAAAGAUUUUCUGACAAGUCAGCUGAAGUUAGGAGUGUUGCAAUUGAAUGUGCUAAAGCUUGUUAUAUAGCCAACCCCACUGGGAAUGAAGCACAGGAAAUUAUCUCUGCUGUCAUUGGAAGGCUAUUAGAUUUUGAUGAAAAAGUGAGAUUACAAGCAGUGAUGACCAUAUGUGAUUUGGCUAUAUCUAACCUGUCCUGUUUUCCAUCUGAGGUGGUGUUGCAAGCCAUUGAACGACUUCGAGACAAGAAGGUUUCUGUUAGAAAAGCCACAAUGCAAAAGCUGUUGGAGUUGUAUCGGGCUUACUGUGAUAAAUGUUCCAAGGGGGUUGUCAUGCUCCAUGAUAGUUAUGAGCAGAUUCCAAGUAGAAUUUUGGUUCUAUGCUUUGACAAAGACUGCAAGGAGUUCAGGCCACAAAACAUGGAGGUGGUACUUUCAGAGGAUCUUUUCCCUGACUGUCUUUCUGUGAUGGAGAGAACCAAACAUUGGGUUGCUUUUUUCUCCUUUUUCACUCCUCACCAUAUCAAGGCCUUGAAUUCCAUCUUGUUUCAGAAACAGAGGUUGCAGGAGGAAAUGUUACUAUAUUUAUCUCUUCGAGAGAAAGAGAAGGAUAGCAGUUCAGAUGAAGUGCACAAGAGAAUACUGGCAUCCUUUUCAAAGAUGUCGAACUACUUCCCUGAUUCUUUUAUAGCCAAGGAGUGCUUCCAAAAAUUGCACCAAAUGAAAGAUAACAAUAUUUUUAAGGCAUUGUUCCGAUUGGUUGAUAAUCCUACAACUUACGCAACUGCUAUUUCUAUGCGAGACUCUUUCCUUAGAAUGAUUGGGGCCAAGCAUCCAAAUUAUGAAUAUUUCCGAUUGCUCUCCACAAAAUGUUCGCAGUCAAUAUUUAGUGCAGAUCAUGUUGUUAAUAUUUUGGAAGAUGUCCAAUCCUGGAAAAGUGGUCAAAACAAAUAUGUGCGCUCUGCUCUUGACCUUCUCCUUGCCAUUUCAGCUAUUUAUCCUUCACUCUUCCGAGGAUCAGAGAAGUGCUUGCUGAACUUGUUCUUGGAGGAGACAGUAAUUCCAACUGAAAAACUUCUCCAGAUCUUAGCCAAAGUGGGUCGCCAUGUUUCUAUAAAUAUGAGUGAUAUCUACCCAUUCCUUGAGCGGAUAUGUCUCGAAGGAACUCGUCUUGAAUCUAAAUUUGCUGUUUCUGUGAUUGCUUCACUGGCUGAUUCUUCAGAUAAGCAGACCUUUUCUAAUUUAUGCACGAAACUUGUGUGCUCUCUUCUCGAUGGAUCCAAUAUUCCCACUAUCUUGCAGUCUUUGGGUUGUAUUUCAAAGUGUUCCUCUUCAACUUUUGAGUUAUAUGAAGAUCAGAUUAGAGACUUCAUUCUUCAAAAGCUAUUUUACUCCAUGGAGGUGGGUUCUCCUGAGCAAACAUCCUAUGCUGGGGAUUCUGUUUGCAGUCUAUCUUGCAAGUUGAAGGUUUAUGGAAUAAAAGCACUUGUGAAAAGUUUUUUGCCAAAUCACGUAGCACAAGCCAGACAUCAACUCAAGGCAUUCUUGGAUUUUAUAUCAAAUAUAAUUCAGAAGAAGGGGAGCAUUGAUGGUAUUGCCAUGAGUGAGAUUGACAAAGCUCAUCUUAGAUUAGCUGCUGCAAAAUCUAUUCUCCGCCUUGCUGCAAGAUGGGAUUUACAUGUUUCACCAAGCAUCUUUUGUUCCACGAUUAUGUUGACAAAGGAUCCUUCAGAUACUGUACGCAAGGCAUUCUUGUCCAAAAUACACAAGCUUUUGAAGGAACAUGCAAUCCCAAGUAGAUAUGCUUGUGCUUUUGCCAUUGCAUCCUCUGAUUGCCUUGAGGAUGUCAGAACUGAUUCUAUGAAGCACCUUGCGCAAUUCAUUAAGGAUUAUAAUAAAGAAGCACAGAUCCACCAUAAUACCUGUCUUCAGGAGACGGAUGGAGGACCAAUGACAAACUGCCCAGAAUAUAUUAUUGUUUUCUUGAUCCAUAUUCUUGCCCAUGAUCCUGGCUUUCCUCCAGAAAAUUGUGACAACGAAGAUGUUUAUGCUGAGUUCUGCGGUCCACUUAUUGUAGCCUUGCGCCUAUUGAUCAAUCUGGAUGUUAUUCAUAGCAGUAAGAGAAAUGGCAAUGGUUCAUUAUCAUAUAUUCUUGGAAUUCUCCGUGCAAUUAAGAAAGCUGAAGAUGCGGUUAAUCCUCAAUUUACUUCGAAAUUGCAUACUCUUUCAAGUAUCAGUUUAUUCAUGAUAAAUGCUCUUGGAAGUCAUCACAAGUUUUCAUUGGAAACUCCCCGUCUGAUUUUGCUCCCAUCAACAUUAUAUAAAGUUUGUCGGAGUCCCAGUAGUACAAAGGGCUUUUGUUGCAAUGAAAGUUUUAUUGAUGAAAAUUUUGUCAGGAGGAUGCUGAGUACUGUUGAUGCUCAGGCUGCUAUUCCUGUUACGAGAAAUUGUGGAACCGCUCAAGAACAUGCUAUUAUUUUAGACCAUUCAAAGAGCAGCUCAAAUCAACCGGAAAUGCAAAAUAUUACUUCUCUAGCUAAAUCAAAUGGCAGGAAGGAUAAUUGUAUAAAUAGGCAGAGAAUUCACAAGGCUGCAAAACAGAAAAACAUGUCUAGAGCAAAGCAUGGUCAGAUAUAUUCAACUAUAUCAACAACAGAAGAGCAACUUCCUGAGAGUUUUGCUAUUCAUGAUAGCACAACUGUAGCUCCUGAUCAGGGAAAAGGGCAAUUAUCAUCCUCAUGUGAUUCUGCAAGUACAAAACCAUCGCUCCUUGAUUCACAGAAUUUAUCCCAAGAUGCAGAAAUUAGAGACUGGAUGCCUCAACCAGCAACUUGUAGUAGAUUAGCUGACCAAACAAAGAAAAUAUCAAAGAAUCAUGUUGACUGUUAUCCCAUCUCUAUGGUGCAUCAAGAUAAAGGUGGAUCACUUGUUGGACACCGGAUUAGGCUUUGGUCCCCACUUGAUAAAUGCUUCAGUUCUGGAACUGUUAGUUCUUAUGAUUCUCAAAAUAAUAGCCACAAGAUCAAUUAUGACAAUGGCAACGUGGAACUUUUGCAUUUGGAAAACGAGAAGUGGAAGGUUGUAAGUGAUGAUGAGCCUCCACAAGAUAAGGAAGUGUCCAACAUCAAUCGCUUAGAUUGGGCAGAUGAAGAAAACAUAUUGCCAACUAGUGAUUCAGAGGCUGUAGGAGAACUACAAUCCAAGUAUUCUACAAUGUGGUUAAUCUCUUCAAGUGGCAGCUUAGAUGUACUUGAUGCGUUUCAAGAGGAUUCCCCAAGACCUCUAAACAUUUUAGAGAGAAAAAUUGGAAGAGGACGUAAAGAAAUGACCUCUUGUGAUGGGGAUGCAAAGCGUAGGAGCAAGAGAAUUAUGGAAACAACCAGCAGGAAAAACUCUGAAUCAACUAUCGUUGAUCUCGAUGAUGCAAACAAUGCUGCCCGAAGGAGGCGAUUGCGGAAAGCAUAGACCUGUGAAUAAUACAUUGUAGUUAGCUUUUAUAUAUAUAUAAUCGGUUUCCCGUUUCUUAUAGCCAUCCUUCCACUAUGUUGCAUUAUAUCUUACAUAUUGCUCAAGCUAAUUCAAAGCCUUGUGAGCAUUGCUUGCAUUUUUAUGUUUUGGAUUAUCUUGUCAAUGGAUUUCUUGAUUAGAAUUGGAUGUUGGAGUCUGUUGUUGCA